CAGACUGGCUCUGUAUCGACUCCUCACCAUGUCCUGCUUCUCCUCCCGCCUCGGCGCCUCCAGUGGGAUCCGCGCCUUCAGCUGCGCCUCAGCCUGUGGGCCCAGGCCCGGCCGCUGCUGCAUCUCUGCAGCCCCCUACAGGGGCAUCUCCUGCUACCGCGGACUCUCAGGGGGCUUCGGCAGCCGCAGCGUCUGCGGGGCCUUCCGCUCCGGGUCCUGUGGACGCAGCUUCGGAUACCGCUCUGGAGGCGUCUGUGGGCCCAGCCCCCCCUGCAUCACCACAGUCUCUGUCAAUGAGAGCCUGCUCACGCCCCUCAACCUGGAGAUCGACCCCAAUGCUCAGUGCGUGAAGCAUGAGGAGAAGGAGCAGAUCAAGUGCCUCAACAGCAGGUUCGCUGCCUUCAUCGACAAGGUGCGCUUCCUGGAGCAGCAGAACAAGCUGCUGGAGACCAAGUGGCAGUUCUACCAGAACCGCAAGUGCUGUGAGAGCAACCUGGAGCCUCUGUUCGAGGGUUACAUCGAGACACUGAGGCGCGAGGCUGAGUGUGUGGAGGCCGACAGCGGGAGGCUGGCUGCAGAGCUCAACCAUGCUCAGGAGGCCAUGGAGGGCUACAAGAAGAGGUAUGAAGAGGAAGUGGCACUACGGGCCACUUCUGAGAAUGAAUUUGUGGCCCUGAAGAAGGAUGUGGACUGUGCCUACCUCCGUAAGUCAGACCUGGAGGCCAAUGCAGAAGCGCUGACAGAAGAGAUAGACUUCCUGAGGAGACUGUAUGAGGAGGAGAUACGUCUCCUCAAUGCCCACAUCUCAGACACCUCCGUCAUCGUCAAGAUGGACAACAGCCGGGACCUGAACAUGGACUGCAUCGUGGCUGAGAUCAAGGCUCAGUAUGAUGACAUUGCCACCCGCAGCCGCGCUGAGGCUGAGUCCUGGUACCGCACCAAGUGUGAGGAGAUGAAGGCCACAGUGAUCCGACAUGGAGAGACCCUGCGCCGCACCAGGGAGGAGAUCAAUGAGCUCAACAGAAUAAUCCAGAGGCUGACUGCUGAGAUCGAGAAUGCCAAGUGCCAGAACACCAAGCUGGAGGCUGCUGUGACCCAAUCUGAGCAGCAGGGAGAGGCCGCCCUCACUGAUGCCCGCUGCAAGCUGGCUGAACUGGAGGCUGCCCUGCAGAAGGCCAAGCAGGACAUGGCCUGCCUGCUCAAGGAGUACCAGGAGGUGAUGAACUCCAAGCUGGGGCUGGACAUCGAGAUCGCCACCUACAGGCGCCUGCUGGAGGGCGAGGAGCACAGGCUAUGCGAGGGUGUGGGCUCUGUGAAUGUCUGUGUCAGCAGCUCCCGUGGAGGAGUCACAUGUGGGGGCCUCACAUAUGGCACAACUCCAGGGCGCCAGAUUGCCUCUGGACCCUCUGCCACUGGGGGCAGCAUCUCAGUGAUGGCCCCUGACUCCUGCUCUCCUUGCCAGCCCCGUGCCUCCAGCUUCACCUGUGGGAGCAGCCGCUCAGUGCGCUUUGCUUAGUGCCAGGACCUCCAAAUGAGCCACCUGUCUGCCCCAGAGUGGAGUGGUGUGUGAAUGGAAAACGUGUGCUUGCUUCCAGAAUCUUCCACAUGUUCCUGUUUAGGGCCACUCUCCUCUUCCUUCUCCUUUUAGGGAGUUGUCUCUCAGUUCUCCUCUGACUUCACUUUAGAACAUCGUUCCCAACCCUUCCCUUAACCCCAACCUGUCUUCAAAUACUUGUAAAUGAUUUGUAUUAUUCACCAAGCCCUCCAGGACACUACCAGUCACCCAUGGUGACUAGACAAUAAAGCAUGGCCUU